AUGUUUGAUGAGAUUUCAUUGUUAGGAAGGUUUAAUUAGUUAAAAAUGGAAACUAGAUAUAGAAAUUCAAGAUUUAGUGGAUAAUGGUUAUAUCCUUUUAUUGUUAUAUCGACAGCAUUUGAUUGGAGUAUGAUAAAUAUUGGAGUAGUUUUGAUGACAUUGAUUUUAACAGCUAUUUUAAAAAAUCAUAAUAAAUUAAUUUAUUUCUUAAGAGUAUGAAAAUAAAAGUUAGUAAUAGGUUCUAUUAUUAUUUCCAGAGUUACUUCUUUAAAAUUAGAAUCAUGCAUUAUUGAGUUCAUUUUUGUUAAAUUAGAUAUUUAUACCUGAUUGGUGGACUUAAAUUCUGUUUCAGAUGAUUUAGGUUAGGUCUUUGAAUGGAUUAUACAUAGGAUUUGGAUUAGUAAUGUUGUCUAGAUAUUUUGAAAUAUUAAAGCGAAGAUUUUUUAUCUCAUUUUAUAUAGAGGAAUAUUAAUAGCAUUAAAAGGAGUGUAUGUUAGAGAAAUUGCCAAUAGAGAUUUUUAUGAUAAACAGUGAAGGAAAUAUGUUGUACAGUAACAAUAAAGUAAAAUAAUUUGAGAAUGAGUUAUAAAGGAAAUUAAGUAAUGCAAUACGGAAAAAGAAAAUGAAUAAAAUAACAAUAAAGAGUAAAGAAUACAUAUUAGAAUAAUAUGAUAAUGAUUUCAUUUUGACACAAUAAUAAUUUAGUUGUGGGGAUGUGGAAUUGUUUUAAAAGUUUUCACAAUAGAUUGAUUAAUUAUACAAUUUAUUAUGUUAGGAUUACUAGAAGUGGAACAAUUUGAGAGCAUUCAAAGUAGUAAAAGAGAGUGAUUUAAGUAUAUUGGGAUAAUGUACUAUGGAUUGUAGACUAUUGAAAUAAUAAAUAGAUAUGAUAAAUCUAUUGAAUCAUGACAGUUAAUAGAUAACAUAUUCAUGGUUAGAGAAAGAUGAGUUUUUUUGUAAGUAAAUUAUAUGAUUUAGUGAAGAACUAUGUGGUAAAUGUAAUUGAAUCAAUGGUGAAUAGACUAUAGGAGCAUUACAAUUUAAUUUAACUUGAAUUUGAAGAGGGAAUUCCUGAAAAAUUGUUAGGGAAUAAACAUGCAAUUUUGUAUAGUUUAUAUGCAUUUUUAAUGAGUGCAUUAUUGGUGGAACAGAAAUCUGAUCUAUUAACGAUAAAUGUUAGAAUAGCAUAAGUUUACUUAGAUAAAUCUGAGUAUGACUUAGAGAUUUCAAUUAGUUAUCCAUGUUCAAAUAAAUAAAUGAAAUUAUAUUGUUAAGAUGAAUAUGAAAAUGAAAAUGAGAGAUUAUUGCUUUACAUGAUUAAUUAAUGUAAAUAAUUAUUAUCUAUUGAUUAUAAAACUGAUGGUGAUAAUAUCAUUAUUUUAUUAAUCACUAAAGUUUAAUUAGGUAAAAGGAGUGAUAAAUCCUGUGACAAUAUUCAAGUGGUAGAUUUAAACUUUACUAAGAAUUUUAUUGAUCUUAAUCAUUACUUUUGGAAUGCUAAAAGAUUUUCUUCACCAACUAUGACUUAUGAUAAAUCUUUCAGAUCUCCUCUUUAAAAAUACACUGCAAAAUUUAAUAAUCCUGAUUCUCUAGCUUCAACCAUACAAUUAAAAUCCAUUCCCCAAUCAGCAUAAGCAUCUGCUGCUAAUUCUAAUACUUAAUCUCUUGAAAAUACGUUGAUGGAAAAUCAAGACAUUAUCAAAGAAGUCGAAAAUGCCAUUAAAUAUACUACACAAUUCCCUUAAAUUCAAGAAGAGAUGAUACAAUUACUCGAAUAAACAUUAUAAGCAGCAUACAAUGAGGGAAUUUUAGAUCAUGAUAAAACUAUACUUGAUAUUGGAUAUCAUAAUGUUUAGAAUGAUAAGAUUAGUCAAAUUAGUAUAAGAUCAGACACUUAAUUUGCUCAAGAUUAUGGAGAUUAAUUACAAGAUCAUAAUGAGAUAUAAUCUCUAAAGAAAGAUUCUCAACCUAAAUAAUUUAUUACUCCACAAUUAAAACCAAGAUAAUUGUAAAAAUUCGAUAAUUUAAGAGUAUAACCUCUCCUUCAUCCAUUAAAUAAAAAAAAGAAAUAAGUAAAUAAAUCUAUUUUGGGAAGAAAAAAUUAAGAUUAAAAAUAAUUAAGUGUUCUUUUCAGUCCUUGUGUAAUGAGUAGAUUUAGAAAUAACUUAGUUUCCAUAGUUUAAAGAUCUAAAACAUAAUUACCUAAUUUGGAUGAUAACAAUGGUAUUUUAAUAAAUUAUUUUAAGAUUUAAUAUUUAACAUUAGAGUUAAAGAACAUAGAUUAAGAAAGUAAUAAAGAAAAUGGUCUAAUAAAGUUAGAUUAGAUGAAUUACCAAAAUAACUACCAAUAAUUUUAUGUUUAAUACCGAAUACUCAAUUUAUUCAAGCUGCCUAAAGAUUUGGUAAUAGCAUGUAUGGAAAUUAGAUGAUAGGGGACCCAAUUAUUACAUAUUCUGUUUCAGAAUUAAUUAGCAUUUAUAAACAACAUUUUAAUUAAGGUAAACAAUUUUCAUUUAUAUUGAUUUACAUUCAUAAAAUCAACGAAAUUGAAGAAUUAAGUAUAGCUGUAUAAAGUAAUGAAAGCUAAUGGUCAUAAGAUUCUGAUUUCAAAAAAACUGUAAUGAUUGGCAUCUACAAUUAAACUUAACUUAAUAAAAAUCUAUAUCAAUAUCUUCAAUAUACAAUUCCACUUAGUCAAGAUGCAGAACAAUUAGCUAAAUCAAAAGAAUGGAUAGCAAAAAUAUGUAAAUGAUUAUAAAUUAUUAUUAUUAAAAUU